AUGGAUGCUCAAUGUGAGGAGCUGGCGGGGGGUAGUAAACGCAGGCGCAGUGCAGGGGGAAAUUCGACUACAACCAUAUCAAAUAGUGUGGGUCCUGACUCAUCACCUCCUGCUAAAGUUAGGAGAGCUAGAAAAGGAAAGGCUGGCAAAGACACUUUGUCAAGUUUGCUGCAGAGCGAGCCAACCCAAGGAUCCUCAAAAUCUGUUAAAACUGAACUCAGCCACUCCAAAAGUGGUACAACAUUUCCAGUGAACGCUAGUGAGAAAGCCACUGAAAAGGGAAAGGAGGAGUUCAAAGGAGAGCAGAGGUGCCUUAGACCUAGAAAAUCUCACGUCUCGCUGGCUGAAGCAGACUUAGAGGCGGCAGCCUUUAGAGGGAUAACUGAGGAGUUAUUAAGUGAAACAGUCGUUGUGAAAAAAGCAAAAGGGAAGAAAAGAAAGUCUGCAGAUAAUUUACAGCAUUCUGCCAGGUCUGCAGGAUUUACAGGUGCCGGAGACGAGCCAGGUCUUACUCCCAAAAACAAGGGAAAAUUGAAAAAAAGAACAGCGAGUGCUAAGAAAGCAAAAGCAGAGAAGGCAACUGCAGCGGCUAAUUCAGAUUCUGAAAGUCAUUUGUAUAGCAGUUUGGACAACUGCAUUGAACCUGGGGAAAUUCUUUCCUCUCGUUCUUCAACACCAAAGAAGCGCUGCCUUCGAUCUUCAUCCAACGAGGAGAAGGAAGUUCAGCUUUCGGCCAGCACUCCUGGUCCAUCUUCAACGAGCAGGUCGUCACCACCACUGCCUAAGAAGUCCGAAAGUGUGGCUUCAUGCUCAAAAAAGUCUGAAACAAACAAGUACUCAGCCAGAAAGACACUGAAGUCAUCAAAGUCCAACAGUAAAGAGUCUGCUGACGAGAAAUCUACUUCAAGGGGUGAAACUAGAGGCAGAAAGACGGGAUCGUGUGCUAGUAGCAGUGGGCAUCAGUCGUCUACAACACACCGGGGGUCGGGGCGUGCUGGUGCCAAUCGAAGUGCCAGCGCAAGUUCCAGGGAGAGACAAGAACACAGCAAGAACAACAAUCCAACAUCAACUACUUCCAUGUCGUCGUCCAGUCACCAGCAGCAGGAUAGUGGAAGCAGCGGUGGCACCCGUCCCCGCGAAGGGGGAGGUAGUGCUAUCUCACAGUCAGACGCUCCAGAUUCAGGUUCAGGGAUGCCACUCGGGGCCGUAGGGGGCGCUGGCCCUGACAAUGACAGUGAUGAGUCAGACAUGAACAGACUACAAGCUCUGCUGGAAGCCAGAGGUCUGCCAUCUCACCUGUUUGGAGCUCUUGGACCACGCAUGCAUCAGCUUUUGCAUCGCACCAUGAGUGGGGGCACACUGACCAAAGUUCAGCAUUUGCUUCAGGGACUUCAGGCAACUGGGGAUGAAGCUCAACAAUUGUCAGCUGUUAUGGAAAUGUGCCAGAUCCUUGUCAUGGGAAAUGAAGACAGUCUUGUGGGCUUUCCUAUCAAGCAAGUGGUUCCUGCUCUAAUUCAGCUGCUGCAGAUGGAGCACAACUUUGAAAUGAUGAUCCAUGCUAGCCGAGCCCUCACCUACAUGAUGGAAGCCUUGCCUCGAUCUUCAGCCUCUGUAGUAGAAGGUGUAUCAGUCUUUCUGGAGAAGCUUCAAGUAAUUAAUUGCAUCGACGUUGCUGAACAAUCAUUGGCAGCCUUGGAAACUCUUUCCAAGCGACAUGGAAAAACUAUCCUUCAGGCGGGUGGCAUUUCAGCCUGCUUGAUGUUCCUGGACUUUUUCAGCAUCAUAGCCCAGCGGCGGGCACUGAACAUCACGGCCAACUGUGUCCAGUCCAUGUCCACAGAUGAGUUCCACUACAUGAGGGACUCCCUGUCUCUCCUCAGCAGUAGGCUGAAUCAUUCUGACAGCAAAUCGGUUGAAAGUGUGUGCCUGUGCUUUGCCCGUCUGGUUGACAACUUCCAGAACGAUCAGCGGCUGCUCAAGGAGAUUGCUGUUCAUGACCUCCUGACCAAUAUCCAGCAACUGUUAAUGAUGAGCCCGCCAGUGAUCAGUACUAGUGUGUUUAUUACAGUUGUCCGUAUGCUGGUUAUCAUGUGCUCCAACUGCCCAGACCUGGCCGUCAUUCUUUUGAAACAGAAAAUAGCAGAAACAUUGAGGUAUCUUCUGACAGCAUCAUCAGAGUCAACUGAGCAGUGCUUUGAGCUGAUAUCCAGAACACCCCAGGAGCUGUAUGAAAUUGUCAGCCUCAUUGGAGAGCUGCUUCCUCGCCUGCCAACAGAUGGGCUGUUCUCUGUGAAUGCCCUGCUCCUCAAGGGUGGAGUCAUCAACCAUGAUGGGGCCUUCUGGCAGUGGCAAGACGACAGAGGACUGUGGCAUAUGUACACACCAAUAGAUAAUAAAAUCGUUGAGGCUGCUUACCAGGGAGGGGAGGAAGAGGUGAACCUGUCCACAAUGGGGAGAUCAUACUUGCUGGACUUCAAUUCCAUGCAGCAGAUCAACGAAGACACCGGCACAGCUCGGCCAGUGGUCAGAAAAGCCAAUACACUGGGGAUUACAGGACAGAAUAGUGCAGCCGGAGAUCCUGCUGGUCAGAUCUCAGACCCUAAUGUGGAGAGAUGUGACUCACGAGCUGAAAUUCUGAAGGAAGACCAGGAUCUUGCCACUAGCUUCAUACAGACUUUGUUUGCUGUUUUGUACGAGGUGUACAGCUCAUCAGCUGGACCUAAUAUCAGACACAAGUGCCUUCAGACUAUCUUAAGAAUGAUCUACUAUUCUCCACCAGAAUUAUUGAGACAAGUUCUGGUUAAUCAGGCUGUAUCAAGCCAUAUUGCCUGCAUGUUGGGAUCGCCUGAUCUGAAGGUUGUGGUUGGAGCUAUACAGAUGGCUAAUAUUCUCAUGCAAAAGUUAGCAGAUGUUUACAGUGUGUAUUUCAGGAGAGAAGGUGUCAUGCACCAGAUCCAGAAAUUGGCCACAACAGAGGCCCUUCCACCAUCUCCCACAAAAUCGGGCCAUUCUCCAGGGUCAUCUCCAGUCUUAGGAUCUGUCUCAGACACCGGCGGCUCAUUGUCCUUUUCAGUACCCAGAAUUGAUGUUCCAGAAGUUGGCGAAGGUGACGAUAUGUUUGCUGGGGGAGCCUCACCACAGAUUGAGGAGCCUUGUGCUUCUACUCACAUGAAACUCAGUGAUGUGCUGAAACGAAAACGACCACCAAGGAGGGGUCCCACAAAAAAGGGAAGCAAAUCAGAAGAUGCACCCACUUCAGAGCCGUCUCCUAAAGGUGUGGGCUUACUGCUCGGAAGAAGCUCGAACAGAGGAAAGUCCUCAGGCAAAGAUGCACGAUCAAGUUCUUCAAGUUCUAAAAUUCCAUUCUUGACAAACCUGAACCCACGUUCCUGGGGAAGAGUUGGGAACUCAGCUGACAGGCAGCCAUCUGUGAAGGAUAUUCUGUCUCACAAACAGAUACCGCCACCUAUGAUUGUCAACAAGGAGAAAGUCAGAGCUUGGAUCAAAGAACAAUGUAAAACGUUCAUGGAAAAGUAUUUCUCAGUUGACAUUCAUGGAGAAUCUCACCCAGCAUUGGAUAUUCUCAAACGACUUUGUACAGCAAGCAGAAAUCUCUCAUUGCAGGU